AUGAUUCGGCAUCUAAAUAAAAAUUACAUUGAUCCCAUCAAGGUGGAGAUACACUAUCAACAUGCAUACUACUUCCAUAUAUAUGAAGAACCAUAUGGAAGGAUAUGGUAUGACAAUAUUAAAAGAUUGCUCGAAGCAGGGGAAUAUCCGGAGUGCGCAACUGGCAAGCAGAAGAGGACUUUAAUAAGGAUAACCAAUAACUUCUUUCUCAAUAGGGAAAUCCUGUAUAGGAGGACCUCGGACGUGGGAUUGCUACGAUGUAUUGACGCCACGAGACUGCUGGAGGAGGUACACACAAGAACUUGCGGCCCCCAUAUGAAUGGUUUUAUUCUUGUGAAGAAAAUUUUGAGAGCUGGAUACUUUUGGAUGACCAUUGAGAGGGAUGUAUCUGAUAAGUGA